AUGCCUUUCGGCCUGAAGCUCCGUCGGACACGGCGCUACAACGUCCUGAGCAAGAACUGCUUUGUCACACGGAUCCGCCUGCUGGACAGCAAUGUGAUCGAGUGCACGCUGUCGGUGGAGAGCACCGGGCAGGAGUGCCUGGAGGCCGUGGCCCAGAGGCUAGAGUUGCGAGAGACACACUACUUUGGCCUUUGGUUUCUCAGCAAGAGCCAGCAAGCACGAUGGGUGGAGCUGGAGAAACCUCUGAAGAAACAUCUGGACAAAUUUGCUAACGAGCCUCUGCUUUUCUUCGGAGUCAUGUUCUAUGUGCCAAAUGUGUCAUGGCUUCAGCAGGAGGCCACAAGGUAUCAGUAUUACCUGCAAGUCAAAAAGGACGUGCUUGAAGGGCGAUUGCGGUGUGCGUUGGAGCAGGUGAUCCGACUGGCCGGCUUGGCCGUGCAAGCUGAUUUUGGAGACUACAAUCAGUUUGAUUCUCAAGAUUUCCUCAGAGAAUAUGUGCUGUUUCCUAUGGAUUUGGCCCUGGAGGAGGCCGUUCUGGAGGAGCUGACCCAGAAGGUAGCCCAAGAACACAAAGCCCACAGUGGAAUCCUGCCCUCAGAAGCCGAGCUCAUGUACAUCAACGAGGUGGAACGUUUGGAUGGAUUUGGACAGGAGAUCUUCCCUGUGAAGGACAAUCAUGGAAACAGUGUGCAGCUGGGCAUUUUCUUUAUGGGCAUUUUCGUGAGAAACAGAAUUGGAAGACAAGCAGUGAUACACAGGUGGAAUGACAUCGGGAAUAUCACACACAACAAGUCGACUAUUCUGGUGGAGCUCAUCAACAAAGAAGAGACGGCCCUCUUUCACACGGACGAUCUUGAAAAUGCCAAGUAUAUCUCUCGGUUGUUUGCUACGCGGCACAAGUUUUACAAACAAAACAAAAUCUGCACUGAACAAUCAAAUUCUCCACCCCCCAUCAGACGCCAACCCACCUGGAGCCGAUCCUCUCUGCCCCGACAGCAGCCGUACAUCUUGCCUCCCAUGCACGUCCAGUGUGGUGAACACUACUCGGAAACACACACUUCGCAAGACAGCAUCUUCCAUGGGAAUGAAGAAGCCUUGUACUGCAAUUCCCACAACAGCCUGGACUUAAAUUAUUUAAAUGGCACCGUCACCAAUGGCAGUGUGUGCAGCGUUCACAGCAUCAACUCCCUCAACUGCUCCCAGAGUUUCAUCCAGGCUUCUCCUGUGUCCUCCAACCUCAGUAUCCCCGGGAGUGACAUCAUGCGGGCCGACUACAUCCCUAGCCACCGGCAUAGCGCCAUCAUUGUGCCAUCCUACCGGCCGACCCCCGAUUAUGAGACGGUCAUGCGGCAGAUGAAGAGGGGGACCGUGCACGCCGACAGCCAGAGCCAGUCUCUGCGGAACCUCAGCAUCAUCAACACGCAUGCCUACAACCAGCCAGAGGAUCUGGUGUACAGCCAGCCCGAGAUGCGGGAGAGGCCGCCCUACGCUGUCCCUUAUGGGCCGCAGGGAGGCUACGGUAACAAACUCGUCAGCCCGUCUGACCAGAUGAACCCAAAGAAUAACAUGGUGCCGAGCAAGCCGGGGGCAAGCUCCAUCUCCCACACGGUGAGCACCCCAGAGCUGGCCAAUAUGCAGCUCCAAGGCACCCAGAACUACAACGCGGCCCAUAUGCUCAAAAACUAUCUCUUCAGGCCACCGCCCCCCUACCCACGGCCACGCCCUGCCACCAGCACCCCAGACCUCGCCAGCCACCGUCACAGGUACGUCAGCGGCAGUAGCCCCGACCUGGUGACCCGCAAGGUGCAGCUCUCGGUGAAGACCUUCCAAGAAGACAGCUCCCCAGUGGUGCACCAGUCUCUCCAGGAGGUGAGCGAGCCCCUCACGGCCACCAAGCACCACGGCACGGCGAAUAAGCGCCACAGCCUGGAGGUGAUGAGCAGCAUGGUACGGGGCAUGGAGGCCAUGACCUUGAAAUCGCUCAACAUCCCCAUGGCGCGCCGAAACACACUCCGGGAGCAGGGGCCGCCCGAGGAGGUGCCGGGGAGUCACGAGGCUCACCAGCUUCCCCAUUACCACCACAAGAAGACCCUCUCGGAUGCCACCAUGCUGAUCCACAGCAGCGAGAGUGAGGAGGAGGAGGAGGAGGCCCCAGGGUCGGUGCCCCAGAUCCCCAUGCUCCGGGAGAAGAUGGGGUACAGUGCCCAGCUACAGGCAGCCUUGGCCCGAAUCCCAAACAAGCCCCCGCCCGAAUACCCUGGCCCGAGGAAGAGCGUUAGCAACGGGGCCCUGAGGCAAGACCAGGUCAGCCUGCCUCCUGCGGCCGCCAGGGCUAGGGUCCUGAGGCACGGGCCGGCCAAGGCCAUCAGUGUUUCCCGAGCGGAUCAGCUGGCCGUGGCUGGGCCUUCCCUCGGUCCGUCCAUCUCCGAACCCGACCUGACAAGCGUGAAGGAGCGGGUCAAGAAAGAGCCUGUGAAGGAGAGACCGGUGUCUGAGAUGUUCUCCCUGGAAGACAGCAUUGUAGAGAGAGAGAUGGCCAUCAGGAAUCUAGAGAAGCAGAAGAUGGCAAGCCUGGAGGCACAGAAGCGGCCGCUCAUGUUGGCGGCGCUGAAUGGACUCUCAGUUGCCCGGGUCUCGGGGCGGGAAGAGAGCCGAGCUGAUGCCACCCGAGUUCCCAUGGAUGAGAGGUUCAGAACCCUGAAGAAAAAGCUAGAAGAGGGAAUGGUGUUCACAGAAUAUGAGCAAAUUCCAAAGAAGAAGGCCAAUGGCAUUUUCAGCACCGCGGCCCUACCAGAAAAUGCCGAGCGAAGCCGCAUCCGCGAAGUCGUGCCCUAUGAGGAGAACAGAGUGGAGCUGGUACCGACCAAAGAAAACAACACAGGUUACAUUAAUGCCUCCCACAUCAAGGUGGUGGUUGGUGGGGCAGAAUGGCACUACAUAGCCACUCAGGGGCCCCUGCCACACACAUGUCACGACUUCUGGCAGAUGGUGUGGGAGCAGGGAGCGAACGUGAUUGCCAUGGUCACCGCGGAAGAGGAAGGCGGACGAACCAAGAGCCACCGAUACUGGCCCAAACUGGGUUCCAAGCACAGCUCAGCCACCUACGGCAAGUUCAAGGUCACCACAAAGUUCCGAACGGAUUCUGGUUGCUAUGCAACCACAGGCUUGAAGGUCAAGCACCUUUUGUCGGGGCAGGAAAGGACGGUGUGGCAUUUGCAGUACACUGACUGGCCGGACCAUGGCUGCCCAGAGGAUGUCCAAGGAUUUUUAUCCUACUUGGAGGAGAUCCAGUCUGUCCGACGCCAUACCAACAGCAUGCUGGAAGGCGCCAAGAAUCGGCACCCUCCGAUCAUCGUCCACUGCAGUGCCGGGGUGGGGCGGACCGGUGUGGUCAUUCUUUCGGAGCUGAUGAUCUACUGCCUGGAGCAUAAUGAAAAGGUGGACGUGCCCAUAAUGCUGAGGCUCCUCAGGGAGCAGAGGAUGUUCAUGAUCCAGACCAUCGCCCAGUACAAGUUUGUCUACCAAGUCCUCAUCCAGUUCCUCCAAAACUCCAGACUCAUUUAGCCCCCGACCCAGCUACUGGAAGAGGGACCCAGCUCCAUCUUGCAGAUGGGGACGCACCUCCAGACAACAUCUGCCCCCCCGAGCCGGGCGCGGGUGGCCAGAGCAGGCAGGUCAUGGGCUCCCCGAAGGCGGGA